AGUACUAGAGCAUGAGAUUCAACAGGUGGUUUUUUCAGGAAAAAACUGAAAAAAAGGAUAAAAGUUGUGCCGUCUGCGUUCACAAUUCACGUGAAUAAUUUUGAAAGACUAGAGAGUGCAGGAAUUUCUAUGUAUGUUUGAAAGUUAAGAGCACAAAUUGUUGAUUCAGUUAGAACUUCGAAUCUGUAUCGAUACAAUCGCGAAAUUAGAAUGAGGAAGAUCGUGACAGUUGCUCGAUUGUGGUUGGCGGUGACGGCGGUGGCGGUGUCUUCGCCGGCCUUCACCAACGGUCAUGUGACACCUCGCUCCGUACUUCACCAGUUGUCUUCAAGCAGCAAGGUCUUAAACCGGACGGAGCUUUGGUUUGAUCAGACCCUCGAUCACUUCUCUCCUUAUAACCGCGCCAAGUUUCAGCAGCGCUAUUAUGAGUUCCUUGACUACUUCCGGGUAUCAGAUGGACCGAUAUUUUUAAAAAUAUGCGGUGAAGGCCCAUGCUCUGGGAUAAGCAAUGAUUAUCUUGGUGUUUUGGCAAAGAAGUUCGGAGCAGCCAUUGUUUCUCUUGAGCAUCGUUACUAUGGGAAGAGUUCCCCUUUCAAGUCAUUAACGACAAAUAACUUGAGAUAUCUUUCAUCCAAGCAAGCUUUGUUUGAUUUGGCUGUUUUCCGUCAGUAUUACCAGGAUUCCUUAAAUCUGAAGCUGAACAAAAAGGGUGAAAACCCGUGGUUCUUUUUUGGUGUCUCAUAUCCUGGAGCUCUUAGUGCAUGGUUUCGACUUAAGUUCCCUCAUUUAACAUGUGGAAGUCUUGCAAGUUCUGCUGUUGUUCUUGCUGUCUAUAACUUUACUGAAUUUGACCAACAGAUUGGCGAGUCUGCUGGUCCGGAGUGCAAGGCUGCUUUACAAGAAACCAAUCGACUUAUUGAACAAAAGUUUGCAAAGAACAGAUACGAAGUGAAGGCAUUGUUUGGUGCGGCAGAGCUGGAAAUAGAUGGAGAUUUCUUUUAUUUACUAGCGGAUGCGGCUGUCAUAGCGUUUCAAUAUGGAAAUCCAGAUACAUUGUGCUCUCCUCUUGUUGAAGCAAAGAAUGCGGGAAAUGACUUAGUGGAUGCCUAUGCCAAAUAUGUUAAAGAUUAUUACCUUGGAAGUUUCGGUACUAAUGUUCAGACUUACAAUCAGAAACACUUAAAAAACACCACACUGGGUGAAGAUAGUGCUGACCGGUUGUGGUGGUUUCAAGUUUGUACUGAAGUUGCAUAUUUCCAGGUUGCACAGGCAAAUGAUAGCAUUCGAUCCUCCAAAGUCGAUGCAAAAUAUCAUCUGGAUCUCUGCAAGAAUGUUUUUGGAGAGGGCAUCUAUCCUGAUGUAGCCACCACAAAUAUUUAUUAUGGAGGCACAAAAAUUGCUGGUUCAAAAAUAGUUUUUAUAAAUAGCUCGCAGGACCCUUGGCGCCAUGCAUCAAAGCAAAUAUCAUCUCCAGACAUGCCAUCGUACCUCAUAACAUGUCACAAUUGUGGCCAUGGAACUGAUUUGCGAGGAUGUCCUCAAUCUCAACUAAAUAUCGAAGGUGAUGCUCAGAACUGUUCCUCCCCUGAUGCAGUUCAGAAAGUUAGGCAGCAGUUAGUGGAAAAGAUGGACCUUUGGCUGUCAGAGUGCAGCCAACCCACAACUGGUAGGCAAUAUGUUUGAAGCUCAACGGCCAAGCCCUCAUGCUUGACUAUGGCUGCUAAAUUACAUUUUUUCUAAUCAUAAUCUGUAUGUAUUAUCCUUAAAACAGAUGGUUAAUUGCUCCAUUGAGGACAUAUCAUCCUACAUUGCUCACUCUUGAUGCAACCGAGUAUCACAGACUGUGUGCAUUUGUGUAAUUUUCUUAGCAUAUUUAAAUAGUACGUAGAAUUUUAUACAAUCAUAUUUCCCUUUUCUGUGCACUAGUUAUUUGAUAUUUGUAAUGUGUGAUCUGAUAAUUUUGUUAACCAAUUAUGAACCAUUAGAAAUCUAA